GCAGUGACUCUGCCAGGCAGUCCGGUGCAGCAUCUCCGGAGCACCGUUACUACAGAGGCAGCACUCUGAACGCCGGAGGCUGAAUCAGUGGAAACACACACAGUACACACAGUGACACGCACACACACUUAACAACAAGAAAAACAACAUCUAAAAAAAAAAAAAACAUGUCUGUGGCCAACGACUUCGGGAACCCUUUAAGGAAAUUCAAGCUGGUCUUUCUUGGAGAGCAAAGCGUUGGAAAGACAUCUCUGAUCACAAGGUUCAUGUAUGACAGCUUCGACAACACAUAUCAGGCGACGAUUGGAAUAGACUUCCUGUCAAAAACCAUGUACCUGGAGGACAGAACGGUGCGGUUGCAGUUGUGGGACACGGCAGGACAGGAGCGCUUCAGGAGCCUCAUUCCCAGCUACAUACGAGACUCCACUGUGGCUGUGGUGGUGUACGAUAUCACAAAUGUGAAUUCAUUCCAGCAAACCUCCAAAUGGAUUGAUGACGUCAGAACAGAGCGAGGAAGUGAUGUCAUUAUCAUGCUUGUUGGCAAUAAAACAGACCUGGCUGAUAAGAGGCAGAUCACGAUCGAGGAGGGUGAGCAGCGGGCGAAGGAGCUCAGCGUGAUGUUUAUCGAGACCAGUGCUAAGACAGGCUACAACGUCAAGCAGCUAUUCCGACGUGUGGCUGCUGCCCUUCCUGGAAUGGAGAGCAUGCAGGAAACAAGCAAAGAGGGUAUGAUUGACAUCAAGCUGGACAAACCACAAGAGCCAACUACCACUGAAGGUGGAUGCUCCUGUUAAUAGCCUGUGGCUAAUCCACGGCCACUUCAUGUACACCACAUGCUUGUUGUGUUGCUUUCUGUUGGUUACGUUCCAGUUGAGUUUUUCAGGUUUUUUUCGAAAUUGGAUAUUUGGCACUCAUGUCAGACCACAAGGUCACUGGUUGAACACAGUGUUAAGUCGAUUUCAGUUGUGAAAUUGUAUACUUUAUUAACAAAAUUGCCAAAAAAGUCUUAAAAAUUUGAAAGGGACAGGGGGGAAAAAGCCAAAUCCAGGAUCAUUUCUUUUGCUUUUGCUUAUUGUUUUUGUACACUCAAGAAACAUCUCUUAAAAUAAAAGAGAGAAAAAGAAAGAAAGAAAAACCAAUAGGCUUAAACCUGCUACUUGUUUGAGCAAAAUUUGUUUUAUUAGAUGGCCAGUACAGUUUGAAACAAACUCGAACAAUAUUUACUUGAUGAAAAUACAAAACAAGCAUGCAUGCAAAACCAUUUUCUUUUUCCCUGUCAUUGGUUUCGAAUUUUAUAAUCCCACUCGAUUCUGUCAGUUGGCAUAUGUGUACACGACUUUGAAUAUGUCCAUGUAAGCUCGUACUCACACAUGUGACUUUAUGCACUGUAUCAAUACUUCACAUUGUUUUAAGCUUUGUGAGUGUUUUAAUGUUCUUCAGAGAGCCAGUAUAGAAGACCCAGGCUCAGUCACUUCAACUUAGACAUUCUGAAUCUCAUCCUUGAGAAAUGUACUGUUUUAAUGUUGAUUGCCACACAGGCUUCUCUUCACAAGUUUCUCACAUGUCUUAUAUUUCAGUCACCUGACACGAGAGGAUGAUUUUUAGAAUUAAGUCUGUUCUACAAGACACAUUUGAUGUACAAAGUCUCUCCGGAUAGACUGAACAGCUGAAGAGAUCAAAACUUUGACCACUUUGACAUUCCUAAGAAAAGAACACGCAGGAACAUGUAAGCAUUUUCAUACUGAUAGUGUAGUCAUGCUUCGUUGUAAAUAACGCUUUAAGAUUGAUGAACCUGUAGUAUUCUUCUGAACACAACAUUAUGCAGAAAUUUACUGUAGAUGCUUUAUCAAUUCGCAGCGCUCGGGGGACCUCCUGCAUUGUGAGGUCAGACACAGCGCAAUAGAAUAGAUGCUUUUUAUUUCUAUCCUUAAUGCACUUUUGAAAGCAAGCUGUAAAUGUUUCAAGGUUGACGUAGAGAAUAUCUCGCCGGUCAUUAUUCACAAUUAGGACUAAAUGACUGACAUUUUUUUAAUGAGGCAAAAACUAAUGUGACUCAAGAAUUCUGAUGAAUACUCUGUCUUUUUCAAGAAGAGCAGACAAGUUGUUGCAAAUCAAAUAAUUGGGAGAUUUGGGAAUAUAGUACCAAAUAACUUCUUGUGAUAAACAAGGGUUUCCAGUGAAAUUUGCAGGAGAGAGAUUUAGAUUACCUUAUCUUCCUGCAGCAGCAAGAUGAUAUCUACUUCCUCCUACUUCUUGUCAAGAUAUGUGCUUUCUGACUGGAUUAGUCUAUCACUGUAUGCUUUCGCUCACCUGCCUGACUGUCUUGUAGGACUCCUGCUACAUGGAAGACACAAAACAAGCAUCAGUUGUGUACUGAUUCAUUACUGAGACAUAAAUCUCAGUUUUAUAAAUCUCUGUGCUAUUUUCCUGAAGUCAGUCUUUGAAAAGGCACAGCCUGGCGGUGGCCUUACGGUAGAGAGUGAAACUGAAGGUAUUUAUUUGUUGAUUGUUUUGACCAUUUUGGCACUUUGUGACAUUUGUUUACAUUUUUCCCUGUUUCUCGUUUCACCUCAUUUGUUCUUUCACCCUUGUGUAGAUAGAGUCCGACUAUAUCAUUAGGCAUGAACAGGAUGUAUAUAUAGUCUAGCCCUAAUAUGGUGUGUACCAAAACAACAGUUAAUCUGUGAUUUGUUCAUUCUUCUGUUGGCACAGUAAUACACACCAUUCCUGGCCAAAAAAAAAUCGAAAAACAACAAACAAAAAAAAAAAAACAAUGUUUGUGUGUAUGUUGGGUCCUGCUUCGAAGAUUGAGGCCAUUCCUAGUGUAAAUGUUUCAACUUAAAUCUGAUUGAUUCAGAGCUCAAUCUCCGUUCACACUGUACAGAGAUCUAGCAUGUCUGUCUGAACCAGUAAAAAUCAAUAAAAACAAUUAAAAAAAGUCUUAUUACCUACCUUGCUUCAGUUGCAUUUAAUUUUAUGAUUUGUCCAACAAAUAUGUGAUGUUAAGAUACUGUUUUGUAAAGAAUGUAUGCAUUCAUUUGUUUACACUGAUUCUUUAUGCAUGUGUCCUUUCUCUGCUUAUUAAAAAAAUCAUUUGCUCCCACAUUUUUCACAUAUACAAAGGACACGGUUUGUGAUCUGUAUUUCUGAAAACUUGUAUUAAUGCUACAAGUGUGUGUUUCAUUAUUCAGAUUUGAACCUGAAAUGGUUGUGGCUUGUCUAUCAUUAUUUAUUUAAAUAUAAUCACCCUUGAAGACAGCA